CUUCGGUCUCGCACCUGCUCUCGAUUGGCCGAGCCUGAGCCGGCACGGCGGCGCCCGGGUAACGCGGUCCGCACCGCGAGGGGGACGGCGGCGGCGGCGCGGACCCCGCGGGGGGCAUCAGGCACCAUGCUGAGGGCGGUGUGGAGGGCGCUGGGUUCGCUUCGCACCCCGGCAGUGACCCAGGCCCCGGGCCUUGGGGUCCCCUGCGGGGGGUGCGCCAGGCUUCCCCGCACCCAGUGGGGCCUUUCCUCACCUCCUCGAGGUCUCCGCCCGGCCGCCCGCGGAUAUUCCGCCCUGGAACCAGUCCGGCCCAGCCAAGAUGAUGACCCGCCCCCUUCCACACUGCUCAAAGACUACCAGAACAUCCCCGGAGUUGAUAAGCUCGACAAUGUCGUGAAAAGACUCUUAUCUCUGGAAAUGGCCAACCAGAAGGAGAAGCUAAAAAUCAAGCAAGAACAGUUGAUGAAAAAGGUCGUGGCAAACCCUGAGGACACGCGCUCCCUGGAGGCUCGAAGUUGCUUGCAUCCUCUGUGGUUUGUGGUUUCAGUUGUUGCCUUGACUGUCAGGAUCCGCAAUUAUGAAGAGCACAUGCAGAAACACCGAAAGGACAAAGCCCACAAGCGCCAUCUGCUGAUGAGCAUCGACCAGAGGAACAAGAUGCUCAAAAACCUCCGUAAGACCAACUAUAAUGUCUUUGAGAAGGCAUGCAAGGAGCUGGGGAUUGUGUACACCAUUCCCCCUCUGCACAUCCAAAAGAACCACCGCCGCUUCAUGACCAAAAAGGCUCUGUGCAUUCAAGUUUUCCAGGAGGUUCAAAAGCUGAAGAAGCAAAAAAGGGCCUUAAAAGCUGCAGCAGCAGCCCAGAAACAAUGCCACCAGAACCCAGAGAGCCCUUCCAACCCAGACCAGAGGCAAUGAAAGAAAACUAAUAAAUUUUGUUAAACUUGUA